GUUAUUAACACCAUUGUUUUGAAUACUACAGAACUAUAGGAAUACUCUUUGAAUUGGAGCAUUUAAAAGGGUUGACACACAGACUUUUCAUUCUGUGAGAAAGAUAUUAGGAGAGAAACACAACACAGGCAAGAGGACUUGAACCAAUCGUGGUUCUUGUGACAGAUUCUGUGGCGGGUAACAUGUCAGAGAAUCCACUACAGGCCUUGUUCCGUAACUUGGAGCAAGUCUCAAAUUUUGUUCAACAUCAUCUCUGUAAUUUGAGUGGCCUUCAUCUUCAGUCAUCAGGACCCCCUGAUAGAGGCUCUAUGUUCUCUGUCUCUUCUUCUACCAAAGUCCCACUUGUGAAAACUACAUCUUCUGUACAACCUGGUGAUACCGCUAUCAAGGGAAAGUAUACUGCUCCAGUAUCUAAAGAAGAGCUUGGAAGGGCUACUUGGACUUUUCUUCACACUCUUGCUGCUCAGUAUCCAGAUAAUCCUACAAGACAACAGAAAAAGGAUGUAAAAGUUCUGGUACAGAUCUUAUCUCGAAUAUAUCCUUGCAAGGAAUGUGCAGAUCACUUUAAAGAAAUUCUUAGAGCAAAUCCUGUACAGACUGGGUCACAUGCUGAAUUUUCUCAGUGGUUAUGUCAUGUGCACAAUGUUGUUAAUAGAAGCCUUGACAAACCAAUAUUCCCCUGUGAACGAGUUGAUGCAAGGUGGGGCAAAAUGGAGUGUGAACAGAAAGCAUGUGAAAUUAUUGGAAGUACUACCAGUUUUGGGAACAUAUAGUUGAAAUUUAUUUAAAAAUGAUAGCUUUGCUAUAUUAGGUACGUGUUAAAUUUGGAUCUUUUGAAAAAUGUUUUAGAUAAUCUUAGUGCUAUCUUGUGGCUUUGCACCACAAUAUAUGAUUGAAUUUUAUUUACAAUAUCCAUAACUGGAUUUAUUUUGAUAUAUGAAAUCUUAAGCCUGGAUUGUUUUUCCAAAGCUCGUCAAAUCUUUAC